CAGAAUUGCAUUGGAGUUAUCAGGAUAAUGUCAUACUCGAUAUUGGUUGUAACAAUGGUGAUGUUACAAAGAUGUUGCUUUCUAAAAGUGAACAAAUACAACACAUCAUGGCAUGUGACAUCCUAGCUCCUUGUAUUGAGUAUGCCAAGCAGAAGAAUGAUGAUGCCAAGAUAACAUACAUAGAGAUGGAUGUGUGUAAAGAGUGGCCAACAAGCUGGGAAAACAGAUUUGACAAGGUAUUCUCCAAUGAAUGUUUGAACAUGAUAGGAGAACAGAAAAAUGUAUUGAAGAAGGUUUUCAACAGUCUUAAGCCAGGGGGUGAACUUGGUGCAUCAUACUUUCUACGCAAUGAUGGCUUCCAAGCUGCAACUCUCACAUUGAUGGAAUCAGAAAAAUGGAAGAAAUACUUUGAAGAUGAAACGAGGUCCAUAAACAUUGCCAAAUCCAAUGAAAACAUUAAGAAAAUGGUCUGGUGUGAUGAGCAGGCAUUUCCAAAAAUGCUAGAAAAAAUAGGAUUUCAAGUAAAAUUAUGUAAACCUGUUCAAUCUUGGAGUUUUCUGAAAAUUGAUAGUUCAUUCAUAAAAGGAAUAUUUGACCUAUUCUACAAGUUUCAUCGUAUGAUUCCAACUGCCCUGCAAGAUGACUUCUUUGCUGAUAUG